AGGUCUAACUGGUGGGUCGUGUUGCUCAACCGAAAGUCUCUUGUACAGUGAAGCGCCAACUGCCAAGUGACGAAGUGAACAAUUGGCGAUACUGGAAGAGAGUCUCUUGCUCUGCUCCAAAAUUCGAAAAAUGAAGUCUUCUCUCCUACUCCUCUCAGCUUUUGCUGCUCUCCUCCUCGCCAUUUUCGCUUCUCUCAAUCCCAACCGCCAGUGGUUGAGUUGGAGGUCACCGGCGGCGGACUUGGUGGUGAAGAAUGCCAAGAUAUACACGGUCGACGAGUCUCUCCCCUUCGCCGAUUCCAUGGCCGUUCGCAACGGAAGGAUUCUCCGGAUUGGAAGCUACUCCUCAGUUCAGGAUAUGGUAGGGUAUGGGACUAAAGUGUUAGAUCUUAAGGGAAAAAUUGUAGUCCCUGGAUUUAUUGAUUCCCAUGUGCAUCUGAUCUUUGGUGGACUGCAGAUGAUGCGUGUAGAACUACAUGGCAUAAACUCAAAAGAUGAAUUUGUGAAGAGGAUCAAAGAAGCUGUGAGAAAUGCAAAACAAGGUUCCUGGAUUUUGGGCGGUGGAUGGAACAAUGAUCUAUGGGGAGGUGAGUUGCCAUUGGCUUCUUGGAUUGACGAUAUUACACCUUAUAAUCCUGUCUUUCUAUCAAGAAUGGAUGGGCAUAUGAGCUUGGCUAAUUCAGUGGCACUCAAGUUGGGUGGGAUUACUAAAUCAUCAGUGGAUCCAAAUGGUGGAACCAUCAUGAAAACCACCAGUGGAGAACCUACUGGACUGUUGAUUGAUUCUGCAAUGGAACAUAUCCUUCCACUCAUUCCAGAGGUCUCAGUAGAGGAGCGGAGGGAAGCUUUGCAUAAAGCCAGCAAUCAUGCCUUGAUGAGGGGUGUGACGACAGUUGUUGACGUUGGUAGAUACUUUCCUGGGACUUCUGUAAAAGAUUCCUGGGAAGAUUUUUCAGAUGUGUAUCAAUGGGCUGAUUUUUCAGGGAAGAUGACGAUCAGGGUCUGCUUAUUUUUCCCACUGGAGACUUGGUCACGUUUACGUGAUCUUAUUAACAAUGUUGGCCAAUCUAUGAGCCAGUGGAUUUAUUUGGGUGGGGUUAAAGCAUUUGCUGAUGGGUCAUUGGGUUCUCGUAGCGCACUUUUCUAUGAGCCAUAUGUUGAUGAGCCUCAUAAUUAUGGCUUACAAGUAGGAGAUUAUGAAAGUCUCCACAACCUGACCUUAGCAUCAGAUAGAGUUGGGCUUCAGGUUGCUAUUCAUGCUAUAGGCGAUCGAGCAAAUGACUUGAUCCUCGACAUGUAUGAGUCAGUCAUUUCAAAAAACGGAGUGAGGGAUCGAAGAUUCAGGAUUGAGCAUGCGCAGCAUCUGGCACCUGGGACACCAGCCAGAUUCGGUAAACUAGGGAUUGUUGCUUCAGUACAGAUGGAGGAAGUCUUUUCUUCUAUCUUGGAUAGGUGUUUCCAUCCAGAGCACCUGUUAGCUGAUGCCGAGUCUGUAAACAAAAAGCUUGGGAUAGACAGGGCUCAGAGAUCUUAUUUAUUCAAGUCACUCUUGGGUAGCAAUGUAGAAUUGGCAUUUGGUUCCGACUGGCCAGUUGUAGACAUUAAUCCUUUAGGUGGUAUUAAGACAGCAAUGAAAAGGAUGCCCCCAGCUUGGGAUAUUGCUUGGGUUCCAUCAGAGAGCGUUUCUCUGAAUGACUCACUGAAAGCGUAUACUCUUUCAGCUGCUCGUGCAUGCUUUCUUGACAGUGAUCUGGGAUCUUUGUCCCCUGGAAAACUGGCAGAUUUUGUCGUACUUUCCAUAUAUUCAUGGGAUGACUUUGUGGCAGAAGGAUCUGCAUUCAUUGACGCAACUUAUGUUGGUGGUGUACAAGCCUAUCCGUGAAACCCUAUAAUCUUGGAAAGGAUUAUGUGUUCUACAGAAAAUAGGAAUGCCAAAAGAGAGAAUAGCUUAAAAGUUUGUUGAACAAUGUGUAUAAUGUAUAUAAUGCGGGAUGAAGAGGAUUAUAUCAAAAUUUUCUAGUCAUAACUAAUCUGACAUAACACCUGCAUUGACACGAGUA